AUGCCUGCAGCCAGCCACGAGGGGCCGCUGAGGUCCGGGGGAGCCCUCGCACUAGGUGGCGCAUUCGGCUCAUCCUUCGAGGCGGAUUGGAUUUGCCCUUUCCCAAGCCCACAGCUUGGAAACCUCCAUCCCUUACACCCAUUAGAGAAUGAGGAUCCCUCAGAGGAAAACCUAAAUGGUGAUAAACACCUUAUCCAGGAACCAGCAUGUUUAGUGACAGCCUUAGUGACCGAAUCUUGGUCUCCUGACUCCUGGUUCAGGAACUUUUCCAGUUUCAGUUUCCAGAUGUCUGUAAGACCUAUUUUUGCAGAGUUGACUAUGACUGGUAAUACUCACAUCCUAGUCCUUGAAUCUGACUUUAGAAAUCCAAGUGUAUUAAAAGCGGUCACCACAAAUGGUAAAAAGCUCGUAAAACUUGGUUUACUUCCAAAAAUUCCAUGUGGACGACACAUAAACAAAAACGAGAAACACGAAGAGAAAUUUGUAAUGUUCACCAAUCAGCCAGAGGAUUCUGAAAGAUGUGAAAGCAUGGAGCUGGACAAUAAAAUCCGAGAUCUGAUUGAGAGGAAUGCUUCUCCGGAUCUUAAAGGGGCCGCCACAGGAGCCACACCAAGUCACAGAAGUUCAUGUUCUCUAAAGACUCCAGGAAAAACAGCUUCCAUAGCACAUUUUGUGCAGGGCACAACUAGAAUGAGUGCUGCAGAAGGUUCUACGGAGCAUGCAGAGUGUGAUCAAUCAUCAAGCAGAAAGAACCUGACAAAUUCUCUUGAACAAAAGAUAAGGUGCUUGGAAAAACAGAGAAAAGAGCUCUUGGAAGUUAACCAGCAAUGGGAUCAGCAAUUUAGAAGUAUGAAAGAGUUAUAUGAAAGAAAGGUCGCCGAGCUGAAAACGAAACUGGACGCCGCAGAAAGAUUCCUCAGCACGCAGAAGGAGCGGCAGCAGAGUCGGAGAGAGAACGACAGGCUGCGCGACCUGACCCGCGAGCGGCUGCAGCGCCAGGAGAAGGAAAAGGAGAGCCUAAAUGAAGAAUUACAUGAAUUGAAGAAAGAAAAUAAGUAUUUGAAGGAAAAAAAUGCUCUUGUGAACAAGAAGAAGGAACAUUAUGAAUGUGAAAUAAAACGCCUCAAUAAGGCUCUUCAAGAUGCCUUGAAAAUCGAGUGUUCUUCAUUUCCUGAGGACUGUUUGGGAGAGUCUGAGAUGGAGUGCAGGCAUGAAGAGAUGCGAACAGAAAUGGAAGUUCUCAAACAGCAGGUGCAAAUAUAUGAAGAAGACUUCAAAAAGGAGCGAUCAGACCGAGAAAGACUUAAUCAAGAGAAAGAGGAGCUACAGCAAAUUAAUCAAACUUCUCAAUCCCAGUUGAACAGGCUGAAUUCUCAGAUAAAAGCUUGUCAGCUGGAGAAAGAAAAACUCGAAAAGCAAUUAAAACAGAUGUUGUUCCCGAUGUGUAACUGUGUCUCGAAUUCCCACCUGCGGAAUCUACAUGCACCAGAAGGCCCAGGGGCUGCACAGGAUCGACAGAAGCUCCCACCAGACUAUCAGUGGUAUGCUUCUGACCAGUUUCCGCCAGAUGUGCAGCACAAGGCGAAUGGUUUCUCCUCAGAAAAGAAAGUCCAUCAGUAGAAACACACACAAGUGGAGGAGCAUACCGGCCAAAGGGAGAGCUUGGCUGAGGGCCCUCAUUUUUCUUUUUACUGGUGGCUUGUGUCAGCACAACUGCACAUCAUCUACUCCAGGAUUUGUGUGCGGUAGUGUUUCCCUUUGGCACGGAGAGAGGAAAAGACUUGGGACAGCUGAGAUCCCGAUCAAGUUUGAGAAGCCAGCAUUACACAACCCAACGCAACGUCCAGGUUCCUCGAAAUGAGAUGUGGCAGAUGGAUUAUGUGCCAUUCUUUGAAACUCUCUUCAGCAUAUUGCUGCUGGAUUUACAGAGACUGAUUUCAUGAUUUCAGCAACUCCACUUUUGGUACAGCGAUGCUCUCUGUUGAUUGAAACAUAUAUUCCCUGGGGGAAAAGUUUCUGCAGUUGUAAAUUUGUAACAUUGCUCCUAUUGUUUCUGUAGGGCUUGGUUCUUUAGCCAGUUUGACUAGAUACUAUGUUCGUCAUUGUUGACCUUGGUGAACCUAGGAAUAGGACUGAAGACCUGUAUAGAUGUCCUUAAACUAAAUGAAUGGUUCAAUCUGAAUAAAACGGUAACCUUGAAACUA